GUCCGGGCGAGCCCCGAGCGCCUCGGACCAAUCCAAAGCGAUUAUGCAAGACGACGGACCAAUCAGCUCCGCCGUCUCAUGAAUAUUCAUAGACUUGGCUGAGUCAAAGCUUUUAGGCGAGUUUGUGUAGAUCUACAGCAUCAUGCUUAGACUUUUCAAAGAGACAAACUCCAUUUUCUUAUGAAUGGAAAGUGAAAAACCCUGUUUCGCUUAAAUUGGGUUCUUUCCUGUCCUGAGAAACACAACAGACCCCAAAAAGGCAAGCUGAAGAGAGAACACACACACAGACCAAGCGACAAGAAAUGACCAUGACUACCAUGCCAGAGAGUCUAAAUAGCCCCGUCUCAGGGAAGGCUGUCUUUAUGGAGUUUGGGCCGCCCAGCCAGCAAAUGUCUCCUUCUCCCAUGUCCCACGGACACUAUUCCAUGCACUGUUUACACUCCGCGGGCCACUCUCAGCCUGACAGCUCGUACAGCACAGCUUCGUCCUUCUCCCGACCGCUGGGCUACCCCUAUGUGAACUCGGUCAGCAGCCACUCGACCAACCCCUACAUCAGUUCAGUGCAGUCCUACCCCAACAGCUCCAGCCUGACUCAGACCCGGUUAGAGGAGACAGGGGCCGAAUCGGAGAAAAGCACUGUGGUAGAAGGAGGGGAAGUUCGCUUUAAUGGGAAAGGGAAAAAAAUCCGCAAACCCAGGACUAUUUACUCCAGUUUACAGCUACAGGCUUUGAACAGGAGGUUCCAGCAGACUCAGUACCUGGCUCUCCCCGAAAGAGCCGAGCUCGCAGCAUCUCUGGGACUCACCCAGACCCAGGUGAAGAUUUGGUUUCAGAACAAGCGCUCCAAAUUCAAGAAGCUGAUGAAGCAAGGAGGGGCCGCCCUGGAGAGCAGCGCCUUGACCAACGGCAGGGCUCUCUCGGGCAGCUCGCCACCCGUGCCUCCAGUGUGGAAUACCACCUCCGCCUCUGGUAAGGCCUCGUCGGGGACCCCGGGCACCUACAUCCCCAGCUACACGUCGUGGUACCCUUCGGCCCACCAAGAAGCUAUGCAGCAGCCGCAGCUGAUGUGAUUAUAUAUACGUUUUCCCCUAACGCAAGCACUAUUGGUCCCGAAAAUAAUUAAAAUUAUUACAGGAAAAAAACAAAACAAAACAAAACAAAAAAAAAAAUCCAAAAGAGGAACAACAACAACAAAAAAGAAACUAAGUCAAAUAAAAGGAAAGAAAAAGAAAAGAGAGGGAAAGAGAGAGAGAAUUAAAAAAAAAAAAAAACAAAACCACGAAUGAAACCCAAGCAAACAAACAAACAGGAGGUCUCUUGCCCAUCCAGCCAUUAGGACGCUGCACGGUAGCUCGGUGCAGGAGAGCACAGAUGUGAUGCGGGCCGGUUCCCACCGCUGACAGCUGACGGAGCGGCCCCGAGCACCGCACAACAGCCUGGGAGCAGAGCGAGCGCCGGCCGCGGCUUUGUGGGACAAUCAGAAAAAGAUGUCUGGGGGGCGGGGAAGCCCUCUCCUCUGUCCUGUCUGUCUGUCUGUGUCUGUUGAAAUGUAGGUCAUUUAUUUACUACCCCGAUCUGACCGUCUCUUAAAUUGCGAGGGGGAAGGAAGCUGUACAAUUUACCAGAGCUUCUUUCCCGCGACAUUUUCUGUACCUUUCACUAUCCAUCUGUAUAUUUUUUGUUGUUGUUAAAAGGGGAAGACAGGGGGUUUAUUUAUUGAUUUAAAUUACCACUAUGAGAGUGCUAGAAACAAACUCAGCUUGCUGAGUGUACUGCUUGGACGCACAGUUUAAACAAAACCACAGAGGGUCCGUCGUCCCGUUCCCCCCUUCUCCCCGAAUAAAUCACCACGAGGGGAGGAUGCGAUUUUAACUUUUACAGUAACUUUUAUACUUCUCUGGUGUGGAAAGUUUUGAUCCGAAUGAUUUGCAUUUCUCGAAUAUUUAACAAAGGAAAUAAAUGCACAUUGUUUGGUACUCUGAAGUGGAAUUGCAGCAGCUGCCAGCGCUUUGCUGAGGUGAAGCAAGGCGCAGAGGACGGAACGACGGCCCGGAGGGC